CAAUGCAGCUCUCGUUGUGUGAUAGUGAAGCUGCUAGCUAGCUGACUAGCCUGACUCCAUAGCUUACCUGAAAAACAAAAUAUUUAACAUACUAUUUUUUAUUUAAAUGAGCAUUAAUGAAAUUAGCUUGCUGCUCGAGUAAUUCGGUAAUGGGCAGCAAUGAAAUGUGUUUGCUGCUCGGAGCAACCGGUGUUGGGAAAACGCUGUUGUUAAAACGUCUACAAAAGAUCACUUCACAUGGAUCUAGUAACCUGGAAGAAACCCCACCGACUCUGCCAACAGUAGGAACCAACCUGACAGACCUGAAGCUGAAAAGGAAAAGACUGACAGUGAGAGAGCUGGGAGGCUGCAUGGGCCCCAUCUGGCCGAGUUACUUCACUGACUGCUCCUCUGUCAUUUUUAUGGUGGACUCCUCCAACAUCACCCAGAUUUCAUCCUCAUGUAUCCAGCUGCUGUCGGUUCUCUCCGCUGAGCCUCUGCGCGCUGCUUCUGUGCUUAUUCUUUUCAACAAGAGGGAUGUGCCUUGCACCAUGAGUCUGAUCGAGAUGAAGUCACUUUUCAGAAUGGACGACAUCAUUGCAUCAGCUACUCAGCCAAUCACAACACUGGAACUCAGCGCACGCUCUGGUCAGGGACUACAGGAGGUGCUGAGCUGGUUGGACUCAACCACAACCAAGUGACUGCUAUCAUCCUUUUGUUCCUCAUAAGGUGGCAGGGCUCCCAUAGGCCUGUGAAUGAUAUCAUCAAGCCUGUUGACAAGAAAUAUCAUCAUCUUAAACUCCCAAAGACUGUUUUGCACACUGUUACCUGUAAAUGAUGUUAGGAUGGGUCAUCUGCACUUUAAUUGACUGCAGUCGUCAAUUAAAAAACAGCAAUGACAGAUGACAAGAGAUAUAAUAAUGUGUCUCACCAUGUGAAUAUGAAAAGUGUUCUUAAGGACAGUUUUUAUAAGGUUUCAUAAAGUUUAAGGCCUUAGGCUUAACUAAGAAGUUUAUGUAUUGCACUAUUCAAAGGAGUAUGGAACGAUUGCUUGGUUUGACAUUUCAAUAUUUAAUUGUAAAAUAGACCCUAGUGGGCUGCAUACAACCAGCAGCUGUUUGUUUUUACCUUACCAAGCAAUGAUUUGGUCUUGGUGAAGCUUGCAGGUUUUAUUCAGUUAUUUUCUCCAUGUUUAAUUAAUUGACCUUUGACGAGUCAAUGGGACCAACACAGAUAGACUCACACUCAAAUUCAGACCUAUGGGCCAUUUAGCACCUCCUCUCCACAGGACAUAUCUUUGGAAAGUGGAGAUUUACUGUUGUACUAAUAAGUGUUUCCAUAAGCAUUAGUCUCUUUUUGGCAUGAGGGUUUUACACGCUGUAUUAUGUCCAAACAAACUGAUGUGAAUUGUUAAAUUUAAUAUAUCUUAAGUCAAGGGGGAUCAUUUCAAACAGAGACUAGUAGGCUAUUUCUUGAACUACUUCUGGGUUAUAGGUAACAGUAACUUGUAACUCAUCAACAUUUCUAGUCACAUUUCAUAGCUGACUGGAGUAGUUACCAGCUAAAUAUGAAGAUGAAGUGAAAAGAGGGUCACUUCUAUUACACUCGCAGAGAACAGUAUUGUGUAUUAUAAAUAAAAAGUCUUUAUUAAUGAUUAAUCAAGGCAUGUCACUGUCAAAACACAAACUGGUUUCUAUCAAACACAAGAUCCUCAUCAGAGUGUGGCUCCAAAGGGAUGCCAAACUGGGUGUACUGUUGUGAUAGUAUAUAUAGGGUCAAAUAUCAAUCAGUGGUUCAAUUAUAUACAGCACAAAUUCCCAGACCAAAACAGUGUGUGGUGACAAUAUAACAAAAGCCACAAAAUCACAAUUUCACAGAAGAGGCCUUAACUUCAUUUCCUUGUGUAGGUGUGGUACAAAAAAAAUAUAAUUUUUAAAAAUAUAAUUGAAAUAGGUUGGUGACUAAGGUGACAUGCCCCGAUUCUUAAUAAAAGCUUUCAUUUAUAGUAUACAGUCUUGCUCCGUGCAGUUGUGCCUGAAGUAAAGCUUUUUAGUCUUCGUCUUCAUCUUCAUAUUUUUGACUUGCAAAUCCAGGGGUUCACUUUUGAGCACUUGGUCAUCCUGUUUGAAAUUUAGAUUAUAUUAGGCUAAAUUUAUGUUCAUGAGAUAUUGAUAUUGAUAUCAUCAAUAUUCAUGAAUAAUUUGACUAUAUCAUGGUGAUAACAAUUCAGUGAAUUACUAGUAAAAGAAUAAAACAGCAUAGCAGAGGAAAGAAUAAUCACUGAUCAUUGGGUUAUUGCUUAGACCAUAUCUUCCUAACAUUUACUAACUUUUACAGUAUUAACAAUCUCAUUUAUCAAUAGUAAUUAAAUAACAAAUAUGUAUACCUCAUCUUCUGGUAAAGCAUGAGAAGUAAAUGUUAAAAAUUUUAAAAUAAAUAAAUUAAUAAAUACAUUUUAAAAAAGCCAAGCUUUUCACUAUGAUGUAGUGGUGCAGCUUGAGGUAUGACCAGCAGGGGGCAUAAGGUGCAUAACAAAUGAACGGUGUUGUCUGUCCAAUGGUUAUGAAUAUGCAUGGUUCAUGGUUAUUUGAUGUGACAAGUUGUGAAAUAAAGGUAAUUGAGAAAUGGCCAACCAAUAAAAUCAAAUUAACAA